AUGCAAUGUGAUGAAAAUGCAACGUGUGAUGAUAAUGAAUCAGGAGAUUCAAAUACUCAAUGGAACUAUGGACGUUCCAACAAUGGAUCCCAUGGAGAACAACUUAUUCAAGAAGGACAUACGGAUAAUGAUUCAAGACCACAAGGGAUAAUGUUGUUCCAACUCAACAAUACUGGUAUCAACUUGGACAGUGCCUCUAAUGUUGAGGGAAGAGAACUUUAUCAAGAAGGAAUUGAUAAGGUAUUUGAUUCUGUUUGUAAGCUUCACACACGAGCUAGCAACAACAUCAACAGUUUGUUGAACAUGGUAAAAGAUAGAUUUGAUGUAUUUAUGGACACAAAGAGAGAGAACAGCUUCUUUGUGACCAGGAACGGGACAACAUGGCAAUUUGGACAUUGCAAUGGAUUAUAUACUUUGGUUGGCAAACCUGCUGUGGCAACAGCAAUGUUCCAUAAUCAUGCAUGUGGACUUGACAAUGCUGGAGUAGACCCAUGUUUUGAUAUUGAAAUCGAAAGACACAAAGGAAUGGCAUCCAUCCUACAGCAUGAUAGGAUUGAUGGGGGUGAAGCGAUGGAUGAAUAUCACGGUUUAUGGAAAUGGACAAAAUUUGCUCAAUGGUGUUGUGAAUUGGCUAAAAACCGAAGAUGGGAUUUUGAUGACUUAUAA